AUGCCGCUGUGUGACAUACAAACCAACAUCGACAAUGGAGAUAUUAGUAAGGAGUUUGUGCUUCAAUUAGGACAAAUUAUAUCACACCACACCUCUGGAAAGGCGGCUACAGUGCGUGUCCAAGCAGGAGUGAGGAUGUUCAUGGGUGCUGGACCGGCCUCAGCUCCCCUCAUGUUGAUUCAACUUCACGGAGGAUUCACUGAUGGUGACACCAACAAACAGAUCUGCGAGGCCCUCAUCCAGUGUUCAACUAAGGAACUCGGCAUCCGUGAAGACCGGAUUAGUUUGGUGUUUCACUACCUACCCCCAACUCACGUAGGCUGGUCUGGGGGCCGACUAGUGGCAGAUGUUUUGCCGGAAACCAGAUUGAAGCAAGUAAUGGGCGGUGCAGACUCCUGA